GGUCUCGGGGAAGAGACUUACGUACCACGGUACCAGAUGCACUUUUAAAUAUCCCACCUCUUCAGACCAUGGCGGCUGCACGUGAGGAGACAGAACAAGUCAUCUUCGAUGCCAUUGACAACCUCUUAGCCAACACCAAAGUCAACACACGCGAUAUCGGUAUAAUCAUCGUGAACUCGAGCAUGUUUAAUCCGACUGCUUCGCUCUCAGCGAUGGUAGUGAACAAGUACAAGCUUAGGAGCAACAUCAAAAGCUUCAACCUUGGCGGUAUGGGUUGCAGCGCUGGUGUCAUAGCCAUCGAUCUUGCUAAGGACUUGUUGCAAGUUCAUAAGAACACUUAUGCUCUUGUGGUGAGCACAGAGAAUCUUAGCCGCAGCAUGUACAUUGGUAAUAACAGAUCUAUGGUUGUCUCCAACUGCUUGUUCCGUGUUGGUGGAGCCGCGAUCUUGCUCUCUAACAAGUCAGGAGACCGAAGACGUUCCAAGUACAAGCUACUUCACACGGUCAGGACACAUACAGGAGCUGAUGACAAAUCUUUUAGAUGUGUGCAGCAAGAAGAUGAUGAGACGGGCAAAACCGGAGUCUCGCUUUCUAAAGAUUUAACGACUGUGGCUUCGAAAGCAAUUACCAAAAACAUUGCCACUUUGGGUCCAUUGGUUCUUCCAUUAAGCGAAAAGAUUCUCUUUCUAAUGACUUAUAUCCACAAGAAAUUCUUUGACAACAAGGUAAAGCAUUAUGUCCCUGACUUCAAGCAAGCCAUUGAUCAUUUCUGUAUCCACCCGGGUGGGAGAGCUGUGAUCGAUGAGCUACAGAAGGAGUUGGGGCUAUUGCCGAUAGAUGUGGAGCCGUCAAGAUCAACUUUGCAUAGGUUUGGUAACACUUCUUCGAGCUCUAUUUGGUAUGAGUUAGCUUAUACAGAGGCCAAAGGUAGAAUGAAGAAAGGGAACAAAGCUUGGCAGAUUGCUUUAGGUUCAGGGUUUAAGUGUAACAGUGCCGUGUGGGUGGCUCUACGCAAUGUCAAGCCCUCGGUUAAUAGUCCUUGGGAACAUUGUGUUGCCAAGUACCCGGUUAAGCUUGAUUUUUAACUCUUUCACGAGUUAAUAUGGCUGAUCUCCAAUAUGCAUGCUGUUCGUUUCAAAUUCAUAUAUCAAUCCUCUAUUUGUUUGUAUAUCUUUAUAAUUUGAUUGUGUGAUUAUGUGCUCUGCUUCCGUUAUUAAUAAAAGACCUCAUUUGUG